UUGUUAUGUAUUUAAAUUUGUUCGUGCUGCUCAAACAGCUAUAAGCUGAAUUGGUUCAUUUGUUCAAGCUGACUUCUAUACUACAGCGUGCUACUUAUAGCUUCACGUGCAUCUUUUGUUAUGUAUACCGUCUUGGAGAUAUUUUAUUGAACAGAUCAGUUCAUGACACUUUUGGGGCGAACAUCAUUAUCCUCGAUCAAUUCUAUUCGACUCCUUUUCUGGCAUCUCUGGUAAAAAGUUUCAGACUGCGUUACAAAGUCGGACAAAAGACGAUUUAAACGAUGCUUGUAACAGGAACCUUGAUCUUGCUGUUCCUUGACAUUGGAAGUAUUUCUGCAAACCAUUGUUCCCCGACGAAUUACGACACGAUCAUAAGAGGAGGUCCCUCGUUGCCUUCGUAUGAAAUAAUAUCAAGACACAAUAUUACAUCUUCAGACGUCAUGUUAGGAUGUCACACUCACUGCCAAGACAAAGAAGAAUGUGUUGGAUUCAACUACAGAACAACAAAAAAUUUUGAAAACUGCCAACUGACCUACGUUACUAAAAAGAAAGAAGAAACAAAAACGGGAGAUUGGAUACUGAUGCAAGAUGUUGAAGCGGAACUGCGUGUUUGGAAGCUUGUGGCUCGUUUUUCAAACAACGAUGGAAAAAAUUGGAUGAAAGAUGCCAAUUACUGGUUUGACAAAACGUCACCUAACGGAAGUACAACGGAUCCUUCCAUGAACGAGGACAUGAUAUCCAAAGCUUUUUGGCUUUCAGCUGCGAAUAACAUAAAAAUUACACGAAGUGAUGAUCCAACACAUACAGCAUUAUUACAAACAACCAACAAUUGUCUCAACGGAAAAACAUUUCGUCAGUUUAUCACUUCUUUUGGAAACUUUCGUAAUGGAACUGUCUGGUCGAACGACAAAUGUCUGGGUAGUUGUGCGAUCAAAUAUGGCGGGUUAUAUCAGAGCACGACUGGAUUUGGGAUGCAUAGUUGCAACGGUAAUAUUCAAAGCAGUAACUAUAUCGGGUUUUGGUGUAAUUGGGAUGCUGGUGAUGGUGCAGUGAUGAUGAUUGGUGGAGGUGGAAGUGGUUGCAGUAGAGCAGAUCAUGGGAUUGGAAUAACGGAAGAGAAUCACCCAAAGUUCGGUGGGAGCGACACUUACGCAGAUUUUGGCUAUGAGACAAAAGAAGCUAGGUAUAUCGAAAGCGACCUUCAAAGAUCAUACGCUUUAAAUUUGUGGGUCCGUUAAA